GUGCAGUGUGCAGCGCGGCGCCUCGCGGUGUGGUGACCCGGGUCUGUCCGUCCGCACCCGGUGCUGCGCUUCGCGCUUCGCGUCCAAGAUGCAGUGGCCGACGGCAGGCUGCGUGCUUACGGUGGCGGCGCUGCUGCUGGCGGCGCUGGGGGCGCAGGCCGCGGUGCCCUACAGCUGCCACAUGACCCCGCCGCCGUCGCUGUGGUUGCACCACAGGCCCACCAUGCAGCGUACCUUCCCGCUGCCGAACGCGACCGCCGGCGCCGAGAACGGUUCUUUGACCAUGAUCGUGGGCUACAAGGGUGCCGGCCCCGCGGUGAUGACGCUGGGCCGCGACGUCACCAAGUCCGACGCGUCCGUGGAUGACAUCAACUACGUGCUGACCAUCGACCCCGUCGGGGAGGUACGCAUCGACCGCGAGGACCUGACGGACCCGGAGCCGCGCCCCACCGGCGAGACCCUCCCGGUGCUCACCUCGCUGCUCGCGCCCAACUCCAUCCGCUACUUCUGGGUGCGCAUCGUCGCGCUGCCCGCCGGCGCCGGGGAGGUGUCCGUGGGCCGCGCGGGCCGCGACACGCCGCUGGUCUCCUACAAGGACCCCCGCUUCCAGAUGCCCAGCGCCUACUCGUUCAACGCGCACUCCAACUGGGUGCACAACUGCAGUGCGACCCCCACCACAGGCUUCGCCGCGUCGCCCCUCGGGCUGGGCUGCCGCAAGCACAUCCUCGCGGACUCGCGAAGGUCGACGUUCUUCCUGCACCCGCCGCCGGCAGCGGGCCCCUUCCCCAUCGACGACGAGGCCGUGCCCUGGGCCGGCGCGGGCGGCGCGGCCAAGGCCGUGCGCUUCAUGGUCAAGGCCACCGACCGGCCCUUCGUGCGUCUCACCGGCCUCCCCAGCAACGUCAACUACCACAUCGACCUGAACACGCACGGCAACGUGAUGGCCAUCAAGAAGAACGACAUGAUCAUCCUGGACCGGAGCCCGUGCCGAGACUGCCUGUCGUACUCCGAGUACAGAUUGUUCACGAUCCUGUUCAACACCACCCGCCUCGAGGUGUACGAGGGCCUCGAAACACGGCCCUCGCUGUCCGCGCCCUUCUCCACUGGCUUCCAAGUCACCGAGGUCACCUACUCCACCGGGUACCUGAGGUCGUCGAGCUGGCUGCACGGUUGCCAGGGGUACGACAAGAUGGACGACGCGGCGCUGGCGACGCGGCCCGCGGUGCCCACCGUGCCGCCGGCGGUGCCCGGCAAGGCGCUCAAGGAGGCGCUGGCCAUGGCGGACUCGUGCCGCGUCGUGCACACCUUCAAGUACCGCUUCGACAGCUACUUCGCCCUGAGCGAGGAGGGCGUGGUGGCGGGCAGCUUCAGCGGGCUCACCUUCCAGGUGGCCGGGCGCCGCGACGUGCACCUGCAGCUGGUGCCCAGCCUGCCGCCGCCGACCGAGGACGUGUACGAGAUCGACCUCGGCUUCCACAACUACACCAACCUGGACCGCGGCAAGGAGCAGAAGGUGGCGUCCGUGAGGCAGCACGACCUGCUCUCCGAGAGCGAGCUCAAGACGUUCACCAUCAGCCACGACAUCAAGACGGGCGUCAUCAACGUGACCUCGGCCGACGGCCAGCUGCAGAUGGCGUGGCGCGACCCGAACCCCUUCCCGCUGCGGUACUUCAGCGUGUGCUCCGGGUCGAGCGCCGGCAACGAAACCAUCUGGGUGUUCGGCUGUGCCAAGCACAAACAGACGGCGGCGAAGAACAGCUGCUCGCGGCCGCUCGUCACCUACUCCUACUCGCACUCGCAGUACUUCUCGGUGGAGCGCGAGGGCGUCGUGAACGGCACGAGCCGCACCAUCUUCGUGCACCUGCGCGCCGCCGGCUCCGGCCACAUCCGCCUGGAGAACAUGCUGCCGCCCGCCGUUGACGCGCUCGUCGAGGUGGACCUGUCCCACGACGGCGCCACGAGCAUCGACUCGCUGGGCAGGAGGGUGGCCACGGUCAGGCUGCCGGGCCUGCUGACCGUCAAGGAGCUGCGGGGCUUCUGGGUGCGCCAGGACACGGCCGCGCGCCGCCUCGAGGUGGGCAGGAUCGGCAUCGAGAAGCCCAUGCUGUCCUGGGUGGCGCCGGCCGCCGCCAAGUUCCCCGAGCUGCGCUUCUUCAGCCUGGCCACCAGCAGGUCGGUGGGCAACGGCACCUGGUUCUACGGGUGCAAAGAGGGGCAGACGCCGAACGAGGACGACAUCGUCGCGGUGCCCGAGGAGACCGACGAUGUGCCGGAGCCGGACUACACGCCGGACCUCGAGCCGGGGGCGGACGGCGGCCCGGCGAUAGGCGAGCCGGACUCGGACUUACCCGUGGAGCUCGUGCCGCCCCCGAGAACGCUGCCACCGACCACGUCCGCGGCGCUCAAGGGCAUCCUGGACAGGAACCUGUCCCGCUACAUGCCGACGCAAGGUAUUGAGUUCGUGGUGCGCCUUAACGUCAGCACGGUUUGCCUGGAUGACUACAGCGGAAUGAUAGAGCUGAAGGGCCGUGUCCUGGUGAUGUGGCACGCCGCGGGCCUGGGCUGGGAGUCCAGCGACUUCGAUGACAUCAGGAUCGCCCCCGUGAGCCCCCGCCGCUUGGCGCCCCACUUCCACGUGCCCAACGGUGUGGUGGAGACGGACGGCGGGCUGGUGUACGUGCACUCCAGCGGCGUGGUGCGCUGGGAGUCGCCGCUCAGCGCCAGCGCCUACUGCCACAGCCUGGACGCCAGCCAGUGGCCCAACGACCAGCACACGUGCGAGGUGAAGCUCGUGCUGACGGGCCGCGGCACGGAGGGCAGCACCCUGCUUCUCAUGCGCGCCGCCAAGGACGACUGGGUGCUGGACAGGGCUGCGCGCCCGCGGUGGCACCUGGUGCACAGCAGCCUGAACGUGACCCGCCAUGAGAUCCACGCGACCUCCGUCACGUCCGACAACGCCAUCAGCGUCGUGGUCACGCUGAGACGCAGCACGCCCGUCAUGAACCGCAUCCUCAUCGCGCCCUUCCUCGCGGUCGCCGUCUUGAGUCUGCUGGCCUACUGGGUGCAGGAACCGCUGCCCCGCGACAAGGUGUUCUUCGGGUGCGGGUCGCUGGUGCUCCUCGUGCUCUCGUUCGUCCUGUUCGAGGUCGCCUGCCCGCCAGGGCUCACCGGCAUCCCCGUCGUCCUUGAACUGUACUGCUACGCGUCGUGCGUGGUGGCCGCGUCGGUGAUGGUGUCGGCCAUCAUGACGGCGCUGGCGAGGGACGCGACGCGCGACGGCGUGGUGCGCGGCCCCCCGCUCUUUCUCUGCCGCCUACUCAGUGUGCCACUACUCAGACUGGUUCUCAAUCUCACGUCGGACCAGGUCCAACAAAGGCUUGCUGAAGACGAGCUGGACCCAGAUGGCGAGGAGUACAGGAAAGGGAGUUCGCAGCUAUACGGUCGAUUCGGUAGUGAUAAGUCUGCUGACUGUGGAUGCAACAGCACAGAAUGCAGUAAGCAGGUAGCUAAUGAAGCACGGUACUAUUGGACCCUAUUAUCAAUUGCAAUUGAGCGGCUUUUAUCAUUAGUAUGUGUCAUUCUGUUGUUAUGUGUUUCAAUUUUAGUCAAAUAGAUAUCUAAUCAAUUGUGAUAUGGAAAAGGAAAAUGUUGUGGAAUAAAAACAAAACUUUUACUGA